CUUGAUCCCAUGGCUGUGGCAAAGCUGGGAGAGCAUGUGCCGUUGCUUCUUCUUCUGAUCAUAAUCCAAACAUGGACAAUAGCGCUUUUGGGUGUAUUACCCAUCAUUUCCUGUGGUUAUAAUUAUUUUCCUUUGAGAUGCUGUGGGGAAAUGACUCAAAUGAGAGAGAGGCAUAUGCAAUGGAUGCAAACUCAUAACAAGACCUACAAGGAUCCAGCAGAACACGAGCAUAGGUGUUGUGUCUAUCAAACCAAUGUUCACUUCAUUCAAAGAUUCAACUCCCAUGACUUCAGCUUCAAUCUCACUGACAAUUGUUUUGCUGACUUGACCAAUGAAGAGUUUUUGCAAACAUAUAGGUGUUUGGGAGGAACUUUCCUGCAUGAAACUAAAGAAGUGCAACAGUAUCAAAUGAAGAAAAACCAUAAUUGUCCAAACAUUUCUGACAAACCUCCUGUGGAUUGGAGAGACCAUGGAGCUAUCACUCACGUCAAAGACCAACAACAGUGUGGAUCAUGCUGGGCCUUCUCAGCAGUUGCAUCAAUAGAAGCAGCAAACAAGAUAAAAAAUAAUGUAACCUUAGUUUCACUCUCAGAACAAGAGCUAGUAGACUGUGACAUAAGUGGGUCAAGCAGUGGUUGCGCAGGUGGAUUCAUGACUCAAGCCUUUGAUUUUGUGCAACAAAACAACGGUUUAACAAAUGAUAAAAAUUAUCCAUACACUGGAGUUCAAGGGCAAUGCAACAAAACUAAAGUCCUUAUCAACCCUGUGGUAACCAUUAAGGGUUACAUGAACGUAACUUCAAACAGUGAGGACAAUCUUGCAGAUGCAGUGACAGGACAACCAGUGUCAGUGGCCAUUGAUGCAGGUGGUUACUUGUUUCAGUUGUAUUCACAAGGGGUUUAUGAUGGACCUUGUGGGAUAGAUUUGAACCAUGGAGUUACAGUGGUUGGAUUUGGGACUAAUUCAAAUGAUGGUGAUUAUUGGAUUGUGAAAAACUCUUGGGGUGCUAAUUGGGGUGAAGGUGGUUAUAUCAGGAUGAGACGUGGGGUUCCUCAGAGUGAAGGUUUAUGUGGAAUCACUCUUGAAGCUUCUUAUCCUCUACUGUAACUUCCUUUUUUUUAAUUUCCUUCAUAUGCAUGCAUGCAUGCAUGCAUGCUACUUCCCUCUAUUUACCUAUCUAUCUAUCUAUCUAUCUAUCUAUCUACUUGUCCGGGUCUAUAUAUAUAUAUUUAUAUGUACCUGUGAGAGAGAAUUGUUUCGUAUAUGUGCUUAUCAUGAAUUUAUCUAAUUAA